AUGAAGGCGUCUCGCGAUCUAUUGAAAGAGGCGUUCAACCUAACGAGAAGCCGGUUCCCCGCGUUAGCCGCUACGACCCUGUCGCUUGAAGACCCUUCCCAUCCAGUCAUUGCUGAACGGAUCAAAUAUAUCUAUGACAAUACCGUGUUCGGCGGAAAACAUUCGCGGGCCCGCCUUGCCCUGGAUACCUACGAUGCGAUUAAGCCGACAAGUGAUCCGGAUCAACGGCUCCUUGUUGCCCAGACAGCAGUAGCCAUUGAAAUGUUACAAGCCUACUUCCUCGUUUUGGACGACAUUGUUGAUGGCUCAGAAACACGUCGAGGCCAACCGUGCUGGUUUCGUCGGCCGGAUGUCGGCAUAACAGCCAUCAACGACGCCCUGUUGCUGGAGGUGUUCAUGGACGAGGUCAUCAUCGAUGCGCUCAAGAACCACCCGAAUUUGAGCCGGAUCCACGAUGCGUUUCGAAAGUCUAAACGAACAACUGUCGUCGGUCAGAAUCUCGACUCGCAUUUGGAAAGGAACUUUGACGCAUUUACUUGGGAACGGUACGAAGCAAUGGUGUUGCACAAGACUGCAGACUAUACAAUAUGGCUUCCCACGCAGUUGGGCGUACUUGCUGCUGACGCGUGUUUCGACAUGGAGAUGGCGAAAAAUCUGUGCUAUAGGACGGGCUUUUUAUUUCAAGCACAGGACGAUUUCCUGGAUGUUUAUGGUGAACCAAAAGUGACUGGAAAAGUUGGAACCGAUAUCCAGGAGGGAAAAUGCACUUGGCUCAGCGUGCGAGCGAUGCAAUUACUCGACAAGAAGCCGAAUGGUAGACGUGAAUUUGAGAAUCUCUACGGCAAGUCCGAGCCGCCGACCGUCGAGGCUAUUCGUGAUAUUUAUGGCUCUUUGAAGCUCAAGGAUGAAUUUGAGCGCUUUGAAUGUACAUAUUCGAAGGAAUUAAUUACGGAUCUGGAGAAAUUUUCGUUUGCCCCGGUGCGCACGGUGCUGCUCGAGCUGCUGAAUCGAAUUAUUGGGCGAAAGAAA